AUGGAGGCGCUUGGGGGAGCUCCUGUGGCCAUCGCCGUGGCCGUGGUGGCGGCGUCCGCCCUGCUGCUGCUGCUGCUGCGCGGGCCGGGGCGGAGGCCGAGCGGCCCGGUCACCCUGCAGGACCCGCUGGCCAAGUACCCGCUGCGGCUGCUGGACAAGGAGGAAAUCAGUCAUGAUACUAAGAAAUUCAGAUUUGGGCUACCCACAACGAAUCAUAUAUUAGGAUUACCUGUAGGCCAACAUGUUUACCUUUCUGCAAAAAUUGAUGGGAGUCUGGUGAUUCGAGCCUAUACCCCUGUUUCCAGUGAUGAGACAAAAGGUUAUGUUGAUUUAAUUAUAAAGGUCUACCACAAAAAUGUGAACCCCAAGUUUCCAGAAGGUGGGAAGAUGUCCCAGUAUCUAGAUAACAUGAAGAUUGGGGAUACCAUUGAUUUCAGAGGGCCAAAUGGACUGCUGAUCUAUAAGGGAACAGGUACCUUUCUUAUCAGGCCUAAUAAGAAAUCUGAAGCAGAGAAGAAGUUUGCAAAGCACCUUGGGAUGAUAGCUGGAGGAACAGGAAUAACUCCUAUGUUGCAGCUGAUCCGUCAGAUCACAAAUGAUCCUAAGGACUCCACAAAAUGUUACCUCCUUUUUGCUAACCAGACAGAAAAUGAUAUUUUGCUGAGAGCUGAGCUAGAAGACAUUGCCAAGAGGCAUCCUGAGCAGUUUGUGCUGUGGUACACACUGGACAGACCUCCAAAAGACUGGAAGUACAGCUCUGGCUUUGUCACUGCAGACAUGCUGAAAGCCCACCUGCCUCCCCCUGGCAGUGAUACCCUCAUUCUCAUGUGUGGGCCACCACCAAUGAUUCAGUUUGCCUGUCAGCCCAACCUGGACAAGCUUGGCUAUCCCAAGAGCAGUACAUUUGCUUAUUAACAUUGAUGGCACCUGAUACCUUUUCUGGAAGUGCUGCAUAUUUUUCUACAGGAACAGUUGAUGUGCAACUGUGCAGCGUUUUUGUGUGUGUGUUUUUUAACCCCCUGAUGUAAGUUCUGUGGUCUGUAACUUCAUAAUCACCUUGUGUGUUUUAACACUAAGACGUUGAGAAAUCAUCUUGAAUUGUGUGUGAGUUACUUAGUCUGAUCUCUGAAAUUAGUGUAAAACAUUAAUUCUGAGGGGAAAAAAAUUAAGGUGAGAGAUCAUCCACGUGAAUUUGUGUUAAAUCAUUCCACGGUCAGCAAGAGAGAGGGGAACAUUCAGAAUUUAUUUAUAACAGUCAAAAAAUAAGCAUUUAUACCAGUGUUAUGCUAAUUAGUAUUUCUUACUACAUAUAUUUAAAAGAAGAAUCAAUUGUUUUGAGGAUUGACUAUUCACAGCCAAGUGAGCACAGCAACACACUGAGUUGUAAAUACAGCAUUGAAAGAAAUAGGAAAUAGUGUGUUUGGACUAUCCCAGGGCUGCUGGAGCAGCCAGUCCCAUUUGCAGUGCUGUAAUAAAUCUGUUGGCUAAUUACCUGACACAGGAUUUGAAAUGCCCGUGGUACCUGAGCUGGUCACUAGCACUGACUGCAUUGCCAGACUGGUACAUUUGAUAUCUUUUAUUAAACAUUAUACAGCAGUAGUUUGCUGAUGCCCUAGACUUAUUUCUCAUUCUUCUGAAUUCCCCUUUUUUGCAGUUUGCAGUGAUUGAAAAGAAUUUGCCUUGAUUUUACCACUGUGGACAGUGAAAUCACGUGUUUGUCUUCCUGCACCUGACCAUAACAGUGCAGGGUCUGUCAUGAGAGACUGGUGAAGUGAGGAUCAGGAACAGAUCACCUGUAAAAAGCACCCCAGGUAGUUCUCAAAGAGCUCUUGCUGCAUCCUGUGGCCAGCCCUGGAGCUUCCCUCUUGAUUUGGGAGGGUUGUAGCUGGCAGUGACCUAUCCCCAGGCUAUGUUAGAAUCUAAAGCAACACCUGCAGCCAGCAAGGAGAAGGUAAUGCAAACCAGCCUGUACAAAGUACUUCUCCUUACAGUUAAGGAGAUUUUUUCUGGCAUUUCUCUGUUUACCAAGAGAGGAUGUUAAUAGCUCAUUAAUACAGGAGAUGCACAUGUAAACACAUGCCACAAGUAACUGCUGCUGUAAAGGUGACAGCUUCACCCUCAGCUCCUCAGAAACUGAGAGGCCAUUUCCCUCUGAUGCAGUCCUGUCUAGCCCAGUACAACAGAUUUAUUUUGGUGUUUUAAAUAAAUAAAUCUUUUGUUUUGUUCUGGUACUUUCCUGGUAGUCUCACAGUUACAACUGCAGUUGUUUUUGCCUUAGGUAAAGAUUUGUGAACAUGGCAGCUUGUCAUCCUAAUAAAAGCAAGGGCUUGAUGGACAGUAUUCUGUUCCCUUUCUUCCCAUCCUACAGUGCACUGACUUGGAUAAAAAGAGGGCAGGACAGGUGCCAGUGAAAGGGAAGAGAGAUUGCAAUCCUUGCUGGGGACCAGUCUGUCAUACAGGAUGGUGAGUGAGCCAUUGCUGCUGCUCUCACCAGCACCCAGCUGAAUUCCAGGUAGCUCUGGUUAGCCCCCGUGGUACAGUUACUUAGUAAUGAUUCCUGCACUACAAGUUAAUUAUAAAAAUAAAAAAUUACAAAAGGUCUUUCAUGUAACAGAACAUCAACAUAGCAUGUAACAGGCAACUGAAUAAAAGGACAAAACAUUGCCAGUCUUGGCUUUCCCAGACUCUGGACACGAGUCCCACUCCUCUCCCAACACCUGUUUCCUACUACACGAUGUGGGGAAACAUCACACAGGAGAGUUACCUGUAAGGUGUGGCUACACUGACAACAGGAAAUGCUACGUGGGAGGUGGCAGAGAAGAGGUAAAACUUUCCUGCUCCAGGGCCCCCAGCUGCUCCUGGCUGCUCCUGCAGGCAUGAGGUACAAGUGGUUCUUGGUCAUGCUGGAGCAUCAUCUCCAGUCUUCAAAGGUGGGUGUUAAAAACCUGCUGUCGUUGAGCAUUUCAUCCUGGCUCAGCAGAGUCUGAAAGAGCAAGAUGGGAAGGGCUGAGGAUGUUUGGUGAGAGGCUUGAGCUCCCAGACACCCAGCUGCAGUGAGCUCAGGCUCACUGAUGUGUGAGAGCCACACAUCCACACACAAUCAAAGGGAAUUUCUUCAAUACAGCUUUCAAUAAACUUUUUUGCUUGAGGAAAUUCUUAGAGAUUUUGUGUCUAGCAUGAAACUCAGCUAUAUUUCAUAAUUCUUCAUUAUGUCUUCCAGUCACUUAUUUUAUUUUUUAAUAAAUUAGCUCCUGGGGAAUGAGGA